UAGAUUUUAAUUUACAUUUGAGAGGAUUAUAUGAUAUGUGGUGGAUUUGUUAAUUCUUUUUACUAUAUAUGAUGCUUUUUAUAUGUCCAAGGAAUACUUGUAGACUAGCCUUGCUCACCAGUGGAACCAUGCACUUCUCCUCCUCUGUUAAGCAAUGUAAACAGAAUUUUUGAGUAAAGAUUUCUUUGCAUGUAUUGCUUUAUGCUUGGAAAGCAGGGAUGUAAACCUUUCAUUGUCUUGUCUUCACAUGCAAGAGAAAAUAAGUUCCAUAGUUUUCUCCCUGUUGCAAGACAAAAAAAAAACCAAAUAUUUUUGUGGAGCUUGCAUAUCUUCAAGGGUACAAUGAUCACAAAUUUAAUAAGGAAUGCAGGGAUUGCGUUUUACUGAUUUCCUUUUAUUUUAUUCUAUUUUGAGAAUAUAGUUCUUCAGGCUAAACCUGUUGAUUGCUCAUUUCAAGGAGGGCCAUUUUGACUUUUUUCCAAAGUGGAAUAAUAGUGUUUUGCAUAGUGUGUCUGGCUGCCUCCUUUCUCAGAGUCAGAAGGGGAUGAAGGAGAUAAUUUCUCACAUUAUAAUUACACUACUGGUGGUGAUGAUUGCAUUCUAUAUUGCUGUUAUGACCCAGCAUCACGUAGUAAUGUGAGUGUUGGACUAUGAUUCUGGAAACCAGAGUCUGAUUCCCUACUUGGACAUGGAAACCCACUAGGUGAACAUGGGCAAGUCAUGUUGUCUCAGCCUCAGAAGAAGGCAAAAGCAAUCCCGCUCUUAAAAAAAAUGCCUAGAAACCCCCAUGAUAUGCUUGUCUUAGGGCCUUAAGAUCUCACCAUCAAGCAGGGCUGUGGGAAUCAGAAUACCUGUUAUGAUUCCUCAUACCAUCAGAGAUCACUGUUGAAAAAAGGUGGAAAUGUUUUCCUGGUAUACCAUUAUUGCCAGCAGAAUCAGCCUCCAUUGCUUUCAACAGCUGCUGGCUGUUAAAGUACAUUUGAAGGUUGGGAAGCAAAAUAUUACUUAUUUAUACUUUUCAAUUCAGUGGGCAGUGCAGGAUUUUAGCCAGCAGCAACAACAAUGAUUGAUGAUAAUAAUAAUGAUAAUCAUCACAACACUUCUGAUAAUUUCCUGGAUCUUGAAAUUUUAAUUAUCUGAAAUAAAUCUGAAUUAUUUCAACAUAUUCUAGUUUCUUCUUAUCAAAAGCAAAAGUUCAAAACCUAUCCUUUUUAAACUCAUGAUUCCCCCCAUAUUCAUUUCCCUAAUAGCCCCUCAUUACAUUUAAUCCUUAUGCUGCUCAUAACAAAGGGAGGGGGGAGGAGUUAUGACCAUAUUUCAUAUAUAUCUGAUUUAUAUUUCUUGUAUAAAAUAGGCCUUUGGUCAGAUUCAGUGUGAAUCAUCUUAUGUUCUUCUGCAUAUUUGAUUUACCAUUGCAAAAACAUUUGUGUCUGAUUCAGACUGAUCUGCCACUCCAUACAGGGAACCUCCAUUAUCACCUUUCUCUGGACUCAUCAGUACAAAGAAAAGGGAAUGUCUUGUGCCCAUGUCGAUGCUGUCACCACUCCUAGCUGGUUGCAGAGCUCUGUAUGAGCUCCUGACCACUGUGGGCAUCCCAUAGUGAAAUCAACAGAUGGGCUCUCAUGAACAGCAAGAAAGUGGAGGAAUCUACCCUCCUCCUUCCUGGUCAUGCAGGCACUUUGGCUGAUGUCAACAUAGAGCACCUGCAAUGGCCAGGAGCUCAUCCAGAGCUCUGCAGCCUACUGAGACAGCAGUGUUGAAAUGGAAAAUGAGAUGACAGCUCAGUGGGAUUGAUGUUGUGUUACCUGGUCGAUCUAUAGAGACUCCAACAUUCACCACCAUCCCAAGUUUGGCAUAGUAUGUGUGGCCACAUCUGGAGCUAGUCCAGAGUAGAAAUUAUCUAUGAAUCAAAUAAAAUCAAAACAAUUAUCUUCUGAGGUCAAUUCAACCUCUUUCCUCCUUCUUCUGUCUAGCUCAGUGGUUCUCAACGUGGGGUCCCCAGAUAUUUUGGGCCUUCAACCCCCAGAAAUCCUAACAGCUGGUAAACUAGCUGGAAUUUCUUGGAGUUGUAAGCUAAAAACACACGGGGAUCCUGGGUUGAGAACCACUGAUCUAGCUCAUGCAAGAAUCUGCUCAAUCAAUUCCCCAUGAUAUUUUUCCUCAUUUGAUGCAAACAGACUCCAGAAAGUCUGGAAUAUGAUCAUUGGAAUCAAGCAUGGUAGCAGCUCUGCAGAAGAGUGGUUCCUUGUUUCCUAUGAACAGAAAAUUCUCAUUUUUAAAGUCCGAUGAAAAUAUCUGGUACUUAAUUUUUUUUUACCCACCCAUCUUUUUUCAUGUGGUGUUAAUUCAUAAGAAGUGUGUAUCUGUGAUAAAUUGGAAGAUGCACUAAUUGCAUUCCUGUCCACAUGCAAUACCUUCUCAGUGGGUUACUUAAUUAAUUGCCCACCUAGUUUCUGCUUUUAAAGUUAUCAAUGCUGCACUUUCUCCUCCUCAUCUCUAAGCAGAUUAAUUAGAUGGAUUGUAAGGUAUCUCUACACAUAUCCUCCCAUUUUCUGUCAUUGGUAUUGGUAUGCUGUGUGCAACCUUAAUUACAAAAGGGACAUGGAUCUCAGCGUGCACCCUCAUCAUUGUAACUGCAGUCAUGUCAAUUUCGUUUAGACUUUGUUAAUUUCACCUUCACUGGCAAUUUCUCUGUAGCUAACUGACAACUUGAUGGUGCUUCUAUUUACAGAGGGUGGCAAAUGAAACUGAUUUCCUCUGGAGGCAACACUGAUGGAGUAAUAGGAAAUAGGAUAUGUGGUUCUAGAAAACAAAGGCAUUGCUGAUUUUCCUUGGGAGGGUAAGGAUGGCAGAUCCAGCCCUUAUAGUGAUAACAAAUUCUUAGGAAUUAGUUGCAUGAACCUACUACCAUUCCACUAUCAUUGAUAACAGAUAAAUAUUGUUUGAGCACCUUCAAUAUUGCACUCUCUUCACCUGUGCAAUUGUAACCUUUCACCAGUUUGUGGUAGCAUGAUCCUACUUCUGCAUAUCUUGUAAUCCCACCUUUCUUCAUUACUGUGGUCCUAUUUUUUUAAAUGUAUAUUUCUGGUCAAUUUGAAAAACAAAGGAGCUUUGAAAAACAAAAAGUCAACCGUAACUAUAAAAAAUAAAAUAAAUGGAAAAGUCAGCUUGUGAAUAGCAAGUGGGAAGAAGAGUCUAGAAUAAUCCUGUCCUCAGAUGUCACUUUACUGUUGGUAUGCUGGCACAGAAGCAUCAAGCAUUACAGAAUUAGGAGCUAUUGAUGAGUUUUGCCAUCAAUAGCAUGGCUGCUGCUUAGUCGUUUAGUCGUCUCCGAAUUUGUGACCUCAUGGACCAGUCCACGCCAGAGCUCCCUGUCAGCCGUCACCACCCCCAGUUCUUUCAAGGUUAAGCCAGUCACUUCAAGGAUACCGUCCAUCCAUCUUGUCCUUGGUCGGCCUCUCUUCCUUUUUCCUUCCAUUUUCCCCAGCCUCAUGAUCUUUUCCAAGCUUUCCUGUCUUCUCAUGAUGUGGCCAAAAUACUUCAACUUUGCUUCUAAUAUCCUUCCCUCCAGUGAGCAGCCGGGCAUUAUUUCCUGGAGGAUGGACUGGUUGGAUCUUCUUGCAGUCCAAGGCACUCUCAGGAUUUUCCUCCAGCACCAGAGUUCAAAAGCAUCUAUCUUCCUUUGCUCAGCCUUCCUUAUGGUCCAGCUCUCGCAACCAUAAGUUACUAUGGGGAAUACUAUUGCUUUCACUAUGCGGACUUUCGUUGCCAGUGUGAUGUCUUUGCUCUUCACUAUUUUGUCAAGGUUGGCCGUUGCUCUCCUCCCAAGAAGUAAAUGUCCUCUGAUUUCCUGGCUGCAGUCUGCAUCUGCAGUGAUCUUCGCGCCUAGAAAUAUAAAGUCUGUCACUGCCUCCACGUUUUCUCCUUCUAUUUGCCAGUUAUCAAUAGGUAUAGUUGCCAUGAUCUUGGUUUUCUUGACCAAUAGCAAGACCAAGCAAUAAUAGCAAGAAUAAGAGCAAUAGUAAGGGCCCAGUUAAUAAUGGAGAGGAGGCAGAUGAUGUGCCUGUUAUCAUGUAGCAGGAACUGUCACCAAAAGUGAUGGUCCAGCUGCAAUGCCAGUUAGCCAGCCUUAUGAGAUAAUUAUUAUUAUAAAGUUCCUUGAAUUGUAGAUCUGGAAUAGGCAUUUUGGUGAUUAGUAUAAGAAGCCAAAGCUAAACAUCCCUAACAGUUUGCCAUACAACAUGAAUGUUUGAAAACCUACACAGGAUAUGGCAUUUGAAAUCGAACAGUACAUCUAUAGAAAUGUUUUUGAAACAUUCUGGUGACAAUCCAUUGUGAACUGACUGUGUGCACAAAAAUACAUAUGGAUUUGUCAUAGAUCAUCUUUCUGAAGUAGAAAAUGCAAGGAAUAAUUAUUGACCUGUUUAUGGAAGCGAUGCCUAUUGGGUAUCACUAAUCCAUACUUGAGAUGAAAAUGGAAAACCUAAUAUUGACAAUUGCAUCUAUAACAAAGGAAUCUCCUUAGAGAAGGUUUUGACCCUUAAGCAAACUGGCAUUUGGUAAGCAGACCAAUAUCUUUCACACAUCAAUACUAACUGACCACUUUAAAGAUCUGAAAAAUCUCAAUCACUGUGCACCAUCCUUUGAAAAUUUCUGGUGAGAGUCACAUUUUUGCAUCUUUCUAUCAUCUAUCCAACUCUCACAGCUAUAUGCUUAAUAAUAUGAGGCUUUACUAUCACUUUGUCAUUCCAUCGGAAUGUUAAUAUCCAUGAAACCCCAUGACAAAAUAUAUGGAAACUGGUCUUUAAAAUGCUGCUAGAUUCCUUUUCUUGUGCUUCUCCCCUUUUCCUUUUGCAGCUACAGUAAACUAACUGAAUCAGUAAUUUGAUAACAAAAUGAAAAUGCAUCACUUUUAUUUGGAAUUAAAGGUGAAAAUUUUGGUUUGGUUCAUUUUAUGCACUAAACAAUAAAAUGUUAAAUACAUCCAUAUCUACAUCUAUCUAUAUCUUUGAUGCUGUAAGCAAUAAAUAAUAAGCAAAUGAAUGGUGAAAAUGAAGACAUUUUUACAUGAAUGACAAUAAAAAGGUUACGUUCCUACAUCCCUCACUGGAAUUGGGUACUUUGAAGCUUCCCCCAUAAACCUGCCUCUUAAGUCAGUUUGAACCUACCCAAGGGUUUUCUGGGGCUUAGAGUGUGUUGUUCACCCAAGUGUACCCAGUGGGUUUCCAUGGGCAAAUGAGAACUCAAACCCUGGUCUCCAAAGCCAUCGUCCAACCUCUCUCUCUCUCUCUCUCUCUCUCUAUAUAUAUAUAUAUAUAGAAUAGGAUGCUUGCUGACAUUUUUAACAAUGAUCAUAAAUAGGAUACAGAAACUGAUAGUGUGAGGAGAGGAAUCUUGAGCAAAUAAGUAUAAAACAUUCUUUUAGUAAAAAUGAGCCUAUUUUCUUUAAAUGCUUACUGGAAAUCAACUGCAAACAGAGGCAGAACAACAGCUGUAGGUAGGAGACUUUUGGAUCUUGGGCUCAUUAUCCAGAUGGAUGAUGGCUAUCCAAUUAAAUUUUAUUGUGGAAGUGUGAAAAGGGAUGAAAGAGCAAACAUUCCAUUAGCUGUCUUGCAUCAUCAUUUACCUGAAGAGUGAAUUAUGUAUAUGUAGUUCAAAACACCACUAAUUAAUUUUAGAGAUGUUUCUCACUUUUUUUCCUGUUGACCUGCUAAUAAACUAGGGAUCUCAAUUUCAGAAAGGAAGAAGUCUUGUUUAAAAAUGUAUCUGCAUGAGCAGUUUGGGAAGAGGGUAGUUCACUCAUGCCGGUGUCAAACACUUUACCUGCCAACCCAACUAAUGGAGAAUUAUAUUGGAGAGCUAGAGGGCUAUUGAAAGAAAUGAGAUAGACAGACCACUCCACAACAGACACAAGUGAAUUAACGGUGAUGAACCCGAUUAGAGUGGAUUUGCAGUGUCACUUUGAAUAUACUCCAGUCUCAUUCAUCUUGCUGCACCUGAGCUGUCAUUGUGCCACCACUUAAAAAGCAUUUAAGCUCUUUAAAUUUGAUGAUGAAUUUUGGUGUUUGGGAAGAGAGAUUCGAUGGAAGGGUAAUCCACUCUGUAAGAAGACCUGACUUCAGUCUUGUGGCUGAAGCAUUUUCACUCCAGCCUCUGCUGCUAGUCUUGACUCAGGGAAAGAGUUCAGAUGGCUGGCCAAAUGCCAGCCUCUCUAAAUUUAUCUGCAUUAUGCAAAUGACAGGACUCCCAUGACCUACUGAACAAAACCAUAAUCUGUUGCUUGGUGUUUGCUAGUUCUAAAAUUAAAAAUAGCCGAUAGAGAAGAAGAAAUUUUACAAUUAAAAAAAAAACAGAGAUAAAGACUAAAGAGCAAAAUCAGAGUUGGAGAUAUUUCAGAUAAGUUAGCAGCAUGAACUUGUCAUUGUACCUAACUGCUCUAAGGUCAAAGAAAUUUAACAUGCCAGGAGGGCAGAAAUCUUGGAAGAGUUAGGAUUCCCAUGUAUUGAUUUCUCUGCAUCUUUACCAUUUCUUUUCCAUUGCUGAAAACAGUAAGGCCAUCACUUAACAUAGCUCUGCAGUUGAUCUAAACGUUUCUCCAUACUUGGACAGAGCUAAGAAAGCAAAGAAUACUCAAAAAUAUUCUCACUGUUGAUAAGAAGGAAAGAUCUUGAUAUAACAGGAUGCCAAUUAUCAAUAAUAAAUAUGCAGUGAACCUACAGAUGGGAUUUAGAAUUUUUCUUAGAGUCAUGGCCAAACAUUAACAAUUGUUUGUUGGUGUGAAAGAGUUAACUGUUAAUUACAUACAAUUUGAUGAUGGAAUGGCCACGGGCUAUAAUUUUUGGAUGAUGUGAUUCUAAUACUGAAUGUAACUGUUUUUAAAUGCUUUAAUUGGUUAAUAUGUGUUAAUUUUAAAAAUGUAACUGUUUUUCAGUCAUUGUUUGUAUGUUUUCAAGGCAUCUAAUGGUUGCCAUAUGUAAGCCACCUUGAGUCUCCUUCGGGGUGGAGAAAGGCAAGGUAGAAAUAAAGUAAAUAAAUAAAUAAAUAAAUAUUUUGGGUGUUGUGUGGUUUCCAGGUUGUAUGGCUGGGUUCUAGCAGUUUCACCUGCAUCUGUGGCUAGCAUCUUCAGAGGAUCCUCUGGAGAUGCCAGUCACAGAUGCAGGCAAAACAUCAGGAGGAAAUUCUGCUAGAACAUUUCCAUACAGCCAGAAACCACAUAACAUCCCAGUGAUUCUGGCUGUGGAAGCCUUCAACAAAACCUGUUGAUUGCUUUUUGCAUUCACUUUACAGUCUAGGGAUGAGAAAAUAUAUGGUGACUGAAAACCAGUUGAGGGGAGCAGAAUGUUUUUGUUGCUACUUGCUUGCAUGGUUUACAUAGCUAUUAGGGGAGAGAUGGAUCAUAUCUGGAUACUUUGAUUUUAUUUGUUUGGUUUUGUAUGACGUAUAAAAUCCUGGAUGCCCAUCUCCAUUGGUUUUGCCUUGCAGAGCUGUGUACCCCAGACAAAGUAUCCUCUAUAUAUCCAGCAAUGAGGAAUUUUAUUUUUAUCAAGGGCAUAAGACUGAAUAGAAUAAGUCUGCCAUUGGCUCUGUUGGACCCCAUCAAUGAAAGGGCUAGAAUUAAUAUCUGUUUUGAAUUACAGUAGAGUUUCACUUAUCCAACACUCGCUUAUCCAACGUUCUGGAUUAUCCAACGCAUUUUUGUAGUCAAUGUUUUCAAUAUAUCAUGAUAUUUUGGUGCUAAGUUCGUAAAUACAGUAAUUAGUACAUAGCAUUACUGCAUAUUGAACUACUUUUCUGUCAAAUUUGUUGUCUAACAUGAUGUUUUGGUGUUUAAUUUGUAAAAUCAUAACCUAAUUUGAUGUUUAAUAGGCUUUUCCUUAAUCUCUCCUUAUUAUCCAACAUAUUCGCUUAUCCAACGUUCUUCCAGCCCAUUUACGUUGGAUAAGUGAGACUCUACUGUAUUUCAACAAUAACAUUGUCAGUGUCCAUUUUUAAAGCAUAUACCACAGUUUUGGUAUGAAACAGUGUGUCCUGGCACACUAAGACAUCCCUUCAAAAAAUGGUCAGCCAUAAUGAAAUUUUUCACAUUGGAGGAUAUCUUUAUGAAAAAACUGUGCAAAGAUGCCUUUAUUUUCCAAUCUUCCCCCUCUUCCCUUGCAUGUGUAUACACAUAUUCCUCAAUUUCUUAGUCAAAGUUCUUGAAGCACACUUGUGGGAAUGGGGCUUGGUUUGGUUCACCAAAAUCUUGAGGAGAUGGCGUCUCUUUAUGGUCCAAGAGAUAUCCAUGCUAUUUCCUAUUCAUGCAAAAUGCCAUCAUCUUCUAUACAGAGGGCAAUAUUACCGCAGCAAGGAAGCAAAUAAGCCCCUCCCUCAAUUUUAUGGAGGAUUCCUAAAGGGAGAAAUAGGCUAGUAUAAACUGAGCAUGGUCAAUUACCAUGAAGUGCUGACUGAAAGGCAGAACACCUUAUUUCUUUAGUGUUCAUUCUCUUUUUAUUUAUUUCACCAUAACGCAUACAGAGAAAAUUAAGACAUUUGCACUAGGAAGGAUACUGAGUGAAUUAAAUACUAGAGAUCCUUAGCUAGCUUGAUAGGAAAUUGAAGAGGAGGAAAAAAAAAUAUGACCUUAGUAUUUGUCACCUCAGCGAAUCACAUUGUUCCACUGGCCCAGUGAUGCGUAGAGCUGGAAAUAACGAAGAUGAGUACAAUAGACUUUCCCACAGACUGAGUUUUCCAGGCCAUUUAAUUCUCUCCAGUGCCUUGAGAGCCUUUCCAACACAGUUAAUGAUAAUAAAUUGUCACAUUAUCCUGUCCAUGGUGACCUGUUUGGUGACAUGCCAAAAUAUUCUUUCUACACAAAGCCAGAUCCAGGUGGAAUGAGGAAAUACUUUUAAAGACAGGUAAAAUGUACUCAGUCAGGGGAACGACAAUAAAUUGCCUGUCCUGGCAACAAUACUGAAAACCUCUUUAUUAAUACCUAACAAUGGCCAACCUAUUGUUGGGAAAAUAUUCUCAGAGCUCAAGGGCUUUCCUUGCCAUUUUCUUCAGAUUUUCCUGAGGAGGAACCGCAAAUGCCAGAACAAAAUAUUUUAACUAAGAUUGGGGAACAAUUUGAGCUACAAAUUAUUUAGCUUACUAUUACCAGUAAGGAGCCCCUGGUGGUGCAGCAAGUUAAACCACUGAGCUGCUGAACUUGCUGACUGAAAGGUCAGUGGUUCGAAUCCAGGGAGCAGGGUGAGCUCCCAAUGUUAGCCCCAGCUUCUGCCAACCUAGCAGUUCGAAAUCAUGCAAAUGUGAGUACAUCAAUAGGUACUGCUCUGGUGGGAAGGUAACAGUGCUCCAUACAGUCAUGCCAGCCACAUGACCUUGGAGGUGUCUACAAACAAUGUCGGCUCUUCGGCUUAGAAAUGGAGAUGAGCACCAACCCCCAGAGUCGGACAAAAUGAGACUUAAAGUCAGGGGAAAACCUUUACCUUUACCUAUUACAAGUAAUCCAACAAAGAUGGACAAUAAUACAUGCUUGUGGUCUUUGUAUUCCAAAACUUGGGACGAGGGACUUCAUUGAGGAGGGUCUUCAUCUCCAGUUUAACAUUUAUAUGUAGAAACAUUCUUGAUGUGGAAACUUCUCUUUAAAAAGUCAAGGAUCAUGCAUGAAAUCUCCAACAUGAUGCAACAUGUAUCAUGGACACUCAAGAAAAUAGGAAGCUACUUAUGUUUAGUUCAUUUAAUCCAGUAUUGUCAUCUCUUCCCUGAUGGUAUUCUCAGCUUGGCCUAACUUCCUAAAUCAGUCAAGCUCAGGCAUUUACAAGCUCAGGUAUGGUUUCUAAUCAUAUUUCUGAAUGCUUGAAUAACUCUGAUAGCAAAUCUAAAGCUAAAUCUCAUAGAGUAGUUCCUACUCCUGCCAUCACUGUAUAUUAUGUUUAUUGCAGGUGAAGGAAUCAUAGAAUCAUGGAGCAGAAAGGGAUUGCAGGAGCAGUCAAAUCCAGCCCCUUGCCAUACAGGGAUAUACAGUUUAAACACUCCUGAAAGUUGGCUCUACAACUUCUGUUUAAAGACCUCUAAGGAAGAGAAUCAUAGAAUAGUAGAGUUGGAAGAGACCUCAUGGGCCAUCCAGUCCAACCCCCUGCCAAGAAGCACUAGUCCACCUAACUAGUCCUAACUAGUCCACCGCCCUCCAGAGCAAUCUGUUACCUCCAGUACAAUUUUUGCCACUCUAUAUGAAGCUUCCUCCUUGUUGGGUGGGGGAAGAGGACAGGGACCAGCUAAAAUGUAUAUUAGAAAGGAGAGAGCAUACACCUACUCCCAGGCUAUGACAAAUAAUAUAAGUACACAUGAAAAAAUGUGAAGAGAAGAAAAAUGGAGGGAAGUCUUGUUUCUGUAUUCCACUUGGAUAUCCUGUGAUAAAAGGGUCAGGAUAACUGGUGUGAGGUCAACUUGCACACCUCUACUUCAUUUAGACUCCUAACCUACAGUGUAUUACUGUAUAGUCUGGGGGCAUAAUUCAUCUUGUCUCAGAUUCUGUAAGUGUCCUAUCAUGUCUUUUUUUCUGCCCCUUGUUUCCACUUGAGUGAAAUGCAGAGAUAUGAAAGCCAUUUCAUAUCUCUGCCUUUUGCUCAAGUGGAAAUGAGGAUGGAUUUCGCUUACCCUAUUAGGAGGAAUGAUUCCUAUAAUCUCUUACUCUUUCUAAAGUUUCUCAAGACAGCUAUUAUGUUACAUGAGUUAGAAGACAUUCUCAAAGUUGUACCAUUCAAUUUUUAUGCUAGUUUUGAAUUCUGAGAUGUUACCCAUAAUAGCUAGGCUUGAUACUGCCAUUGAGAAUCCUUGGGUGGCUGUCAAGGCCCAACAACAAUGAACCUAAUCCUCCCUUGUUGUAAGAGGGAUAUUAUCUAGAACAGUGGUUCUCAACAUGUGGGUCCCCAGGUGUUUUGUCUUACAACUCCCAGAAAUCCAAGACAGAUUACCAGCUGUUAGGAUUUCUGGGAGUUGAAGGCAAAAACAUCUGGGACUCACAGGUUUAGAACCACUGCUCUAGAUUGUCUUCAGCAUAGUUUUAUGUUGGGCAUUAUUAGAAAUUUGAAUGACAAUUCCAAGCUGCUGUGGUGCUUAUCAUAGCACUGCUUUCCUUGCCAAGGAAUGAAAAUAAUUCUUGCACAUUUUCUUAACCUUGAAAUUCGUAUUUGCAUGAUGUGUGAGAGAGAGAGACGCAACAGCCAGAAAGCUAUUGUCUUAUGUAUACAACAUUUUUUCUGUAAGAGAUGGCAUUUUUAUCCAAUGCAGAAUACCUGUGGACAAUGUGCAGGAUAUGGCCAACAUGCAACUAUUUUGACUACCAAGUGUGGCCUAUUGAAUCAUUCAGAUGGCACCAUCCCCAAUUUAAAAUUUUGAUGGCCAAUUUUUCCUUAAAGAAAAUUGGAUACUGAGAGUUUGCAUCUGCAACCUAUCAGAACAGAGCCCAGCCAACACAAUGGGAUGUAGAAUUUGUGUUCCAUGGGUGGAAGGGCUCUGAUCAUAGAAGGUACCUCUGUCUGAUUUUCAGGGAUUCUCCCAUUCUGAUCUUACAGCAAACUUUAUUUAGCAGCCUCACAACCCAGUAAAAGCAACAUAUGUCAAAGUAAAAGAGAAUGUUGAGACUCUUCUUUUUUCCCCCUGCCUGCCUGUAAAGUUAUUAUCAGGAUUAUCAUUCUGUAGAUAUUAUCUCAUGGAAGCCAUGCAAAUGAUCACUGAGUACUGUUUUCCUCUUAUUGAAUUACUGGACAGGAUAUACAUUCUGCCAUACUACCUUGAGAACAUACAAUCUUGCCUUAUUUCAAAAGCUAAGCAAGGCUGGGCCUAGUUAGCAAUCAGAUGGGAGAUUGCCAAAGGUAAGGACCAAUUAGCUUAAAUCAAGUAAUUUUUCAAUUAAAUUGGCAAGUUUUAUAAUGAAAAGGGGCAACUUAAUUAAAUUUAUUUUUGAACUUGAUUGAUCGACUUAAGUUGAAAUGUAAGCAUUAAUUUAUUAGCUUAAUUCCUGAAUUAAGUUAUUAAUUAACUUACUAAUUAAUUAAAUGAGAAACACUGCUAAAGAGCCAAUACAUUUAAUAUUGUCCAGCUGUUUCUUUUAUUAGUUAGUCAAUUAUUGUAUUCUAGUUUAUUCUUAGGUAUGUUGGUCUAUUUAAAAGGUUAAACCAAAAAGUGACAAAGGCAGUUUGGAAGAGGACAGCAUUCUUUGGUUCAGAUAGUUCUCCUAUGGUCUUCAUAAGACAUGAUACAGAAAUUUCUGAUUUUUCUAGGGAGCUAAAUUCAGAAAUUUAAUCCUGGACUUCGUGUUGUAAUUAAGGGUGGUACUUUUUGGUUCCCUUGAAACAUGUUUGUUCCUAAUGCACACUUGUUGAAUGCACUGAUGUGAGUGAUGCUUGCAUGAAGUCCUUGGGUACUCCCUUUUUUCGACAUAUGCCAUUUACAGACAAACUCCGUUUCAGAAAAUAAAAAAACUCUCAAAAGUCUAGAAACUUUAAGAAAAAAAGUUGAUCUUAAUUGAAGGUUCCUGUUUGAUCGAAGGAUCUAAUACAUCUAUAGAGAAAGCAAUUCAUUGUUAAGUGUGCUCUCACUCCAUUCUUCAAUCAACAAAAACACUGCCUCCUUAUGGGUCUUUCAUCAAACUGUCAAUUAUUAAAGGAGCUGUUCCUCUUUUUGCUUUGUACUGAAUAAUAUCUCGUGAGAAUGACCUGCAGCUUUUGGCUGUUAUAUUCUUCCUCUGCUGCUGUGUUAAAAGUACUAAUUCCAAAUUAAUGACAGAAAGUUACAUCCCCCAUCAGCCCCAAUAUAAAAACAAAUACAGGCAUUGUUAAAGGCACAAUAAGACCUAUCCUCCAGUGCAUACUUAUACAUAGCCAAUACAAGCAUCUUAAUAUAAAAAAUAAAAAUGAAAUGUGGCAGGAUUCAUACUCCUGACAGCAUGGGAUCCAUCUGCUCUCCUAUAUCAAACUGUCUGCUAGACUAAGCAGUAAGCUGGUUGUCCAUCUGUCAUUUCUAGAAGUGUAGUUUCACUGGAUUUUGCUGCCUGUUUUCAGGUCACUUGGGGAUUUAUGAAAUGAUUUGAACAGAAACCUGAAUCUGGUUGUUUCAGGUGUUGAUUUGGGCCGUGGAAUUGCAGUUCUUUGAAUGGCAUCAUGCAUUGCAUAUUGGUAGAGGAACAUACUGGACCUUGUAGUGCUAUCAUGGCUACCCUACAGAUGCUGUAUAUUAAUUAAUAUAAUCCAAGUGAUUGGCCAUGCAUUCUGGGAGAAAGCUGGAGCAUGUGUAGUGAUCAGUGGAUUUUUGAUAGAGCACAGUGCUUAGAAGUCCAUUGUGGAGUUCCACAGUGUUUCAAGAAAAUAAAUGUGUUGUUUUGAUUGUUUCAGGAUCACAAUGAUGAUAAAGUGGAAGUCGUUGAAAUCCUGGUGGAAUGUCUUAAGUGAUUGGUUUCCAUGUGGCUUAAUUACAACAUAAAUAUUAAGAAAUCAUAGGUAGAGGUGAUAAUUUUUGGGUGUAUGUGCUGAAAAUAUUUGCUUACUAGGCUUGAUCGAUCCACGAAAAAUUUGAUUCUAAACUCGUUUCAAAACUAGAGGGGGGCAGCUUUUCGUUUCUGAUGGUAUUUCCGAAUUUGGCCCCCCAAAAAAUUCGAAAUUAACGAAAAUUCGUUAUUUUCUAAAUUAAUUCGUUAAUGGCGGACGUGCAUGCGCAAUUCCCAAAAACAGCACAGAGGGAGAGGACUUUACAGGACUCUCCAACCCUCAUUUUUUGAGUGAUCUUCUUCCAACUUGGUACAGUGGUAGAACACAUUUAACACUGAUAGCUCACCAAAAUUUGGAACGUUUCCCUUAUCCUCUGAUUUUUGGCGAAUUUUCAUAGCUUUUAUAAUAAACCAUUUUUUAAUUGCAGAAAUCUGUUCCUGGUUUGAAAGUCUUAUUUCCUGUUAAAUUGGGUUGUCUUUACUGUGAAAGUCAUUGUUCUACUUCAGAAACUUUGUUUUUGUGGCUGAAACUUUGUUAAAUUGGUGUGUGUGUGAUAUAUACUGUGUAUAUAUAAUAUAUAUAUAGUCCCUGCAUAAUGUGUGUGUGUGUGUGUGUGUGUGUGUGUGUGUGUGUGUGUAUAGGUAAAGGUAAAGGUAUCCCUUGACGUUAAGUUCAGUCAUGUCUGACUCUGGGGGUUGGUGCUCAUCUCCUUUUCUAAGCCCAAGAGCCAGUGUUGUCCAUAGACACCUCCAAGGUCAUGUGGCCGGCAUGACUACAUGGAGUGCCAUUACCUUCCCGCCAGAGCGGUACCUAUUGAUCUACUCACAUUGGCAUGUUUUCAAGCUGCUAGGUUGGCAGAAGCUGGAGCUAACAGCGGGCACUCACUCUGCUCCCGGGAUUUGAACCUGGGACCUUUCGGUCUGCAAGUUCAGCAGCUCAGUGCUUUAACACACUUCGCCAUCGGGGCUCAUGUAUAUAUAAUAUACAUACACAUACACACAAUGUGGAGAAUAUGUGGAAAGGUAGAUAGAUAAGUUGGGAGCCACAGCGAAGGCACCUUCCUGGGAGCAAGGUUUAAUAAUAAUAAUAAUAAUAAUAAUAAUAAUAAUAAUAAUAAUAAUAAAUCCCUUACAAUAUCCAAGAUGGCUCACUGCUACAGAAUCUUGGGAGGUUUAGUUUGAUAUGGUACCAUUAUUGGCAGAGAAAGCUAAGCUGUAGGAGUUGAAAUCCAAUCAUUUAUCCUCCCUAUAGAAUCAAUUUUAUAUGCAUUUUUAGCUACAGAAAAGCUAAAAUCAGGACAGUAAAAGAACAACACCCAGAAAAUGGGAAUUCCAGACAGGAAACAAUCAGGGCCAGCUAAUACCUCCCAACAAAGGAUUCCCCCAGGUAGGAAGCAGCCAGGCUUUGAAGCUGCAAGGCUAUUCAAUGCUAAUCAAGGUGACCAAUUGCAACAUUCACACUUGCCUCCCACAGACAAGAGUUCUUUCUCCCACCCUGGACCUUCCACAGAUAUAUAAACCCCACUUGCCUAGCUUCGCACAGACGUCAAAACCUCACCGCCGGGCCCCUCUCUGUCUCUCUCAGUCUCUCCAUUCCUGGCUCCAUCCGCCGCCUUCCCGCCUCACAGAGAGACACCAGGCCUGAGCUGAGGCGAGGCGGCGGCGGCGGCGGCCAUUUCCCCCCUCCGUCUUCCUCCUCCUCCUCGGCCUCCUUCCCCCUCGCCCCCUCCCAUUGGCUGAGCCCGUGACGCCCCUUUUGCUGAGGGGCAAAAGGAAAGGGCCUGAAUGGUGGGAGUUUGGGUGAUUUGCAAAAGCUGUUUUUUCCUAACGAAAAAAACGACGACAUAACGAAAAACGGCCUCUCGCGAUUCGAAACCGCGAUAUCCAGACGUGUGGACAACCAAUGCUUCAAAAUUGCUUCAAAACAAACGAAAAUAACGAAUUAAUAACGGUUAACGGGGAAAACGAAUUAUUUGAGCAAGCCUAUUGCUUACUAUAGUGCAAUUCUAGUGCCUAUUGGCUUGGAGUUAAAUAUUGUUCCCAAAUGUAAAGUAGCUAUGAAUAGGUACAAAGUAGCCUUGUUCAAACAUAUAGCUCAAUUUUGCUGGCUUAUGUGAUCCUCCCACAUCACAUUCUUAGUAUGUAUUGAGGGGAAAUCUAGACACAACAUAUAUAUCAGUGUCUCCAAAUUAGCCCUGUUGUUCAGCCUCUCUUAGAAACAGUUGCCAAACUCCAGCUCUAGUAAUAGUUCAUUGCUUACUCCUGGAUAAAUUUGUCCUUCAAAUGUUUCUAGGUAUAUUAUCUCAUGAAUACCCUUCAGCAUAAACAAGGACAGCAAUGCCAGUAUUUUGAAUCUUUAUCUUGUAAUGACUUCCAUCAUUUUUUAAACUUCCAAGCAAAGUAAUUUGAUCCACCCUAGUGAUGUGCAGAAUGAAGCUUCUCUGCAUAUCACUAGCAUGGAUCAAAUUGCUUUGCAUUGAAGUAAGAAAAGAAAUCUCACAGUUUUCAGGAUUUUGACCUGACCAUUAGGAAUUCUCCAACUCCCACCAAGAGAUCUUGUUUUCAAGGUAUGUCCAAGACUCCAAGAACUUCUUUCACUAUCCUUUCUGUGGGUUUAAUAAAAUGUCUCUAUGGAAAAUAGUACCUUUCUUUUUGUCAAGAUAAGCAAACACAUAGAGAGAACAAACACUAGAAGGUAUGGCAACUGAUCGUACAGAUACAAACAAUUCAUCCGACAUUCUCUAAAUUUAUUUUUUAUUUUGAUUAAGCCAUAAUUCAAAUUCAAUGACAACUAAUUGAUUUAUGGAACUCAUUUUCAUUCCCAUUUCAACAUGUCCCACAAGAGAUUUUGUUAUUCUGUGAAAUCCUCUUUUCACUGAUCUUGAAAUUCAUUGAGGAUUUUUCUUGGGCAAAAACAUGCAUUCGAUCUUGAACUUUGCUUGAGGUGAACUCUUGCCUUUUCACCUCUUGAAUCUUAGUUCAACUGUGCAAAGGUGAGUGUACUAUAUAAAAAAGUCAGAUAUAUUCUAAACUCAUUGCUUCUGAGAGUUCAAAAGUUGUAUUUAAAAAAAAUGCCUUAUGUAAAUGAAAAACAAAUCUUCCUAAAGCCUAAGCUUGUCAGUUUGGUUUAAGUAUUUCCGGUAAGAUUAAUUGAAACAGCAUUAUUGGGGGAAAUGCAACCCACACACAUUUACCUCAGAAGACAUAACCACAGUUCUUAUUUCAUGCACAAACAGCUAACAUAAAAAGGUCUGGCAUGUUCCUUCCUAAAAGCAAUACAGCAGCUAAAGGCUAUGUUUUUCAGAACAGCAUGCCUGGAGUUAGUUAUGAUACAACUCCAAUUAACAUUAAUGAGAUCUGUGAUAAUAAUCGUUCUUGCAUGGUUGUUAAAAUGCACCUCCAAGGUCUAUAGAGGACAUGAUCAGCUUAGGCAAAAUACACUUAAAAUAAACAUGAAACAGCUAUACAAUGGGAAUGAUAUCCUCAUUACCAAAUUUUGUAGAACUGUGCAUUACUUAGAAUAAUACAACUAUGCCAAGAAAUAAUGUGUGUGUGUGUGUGAGUAUGUGUAUGGCUAGGCAUGUGCAAUCCAUGAAAAAAAUGGUUCAAUGCUUGCUUCAAAAGUAAGGGGUGCUGGUGCUUUGUUUUCUAAAGUCAUUUCCGAAUUUUGAAGCAAAAAAUUCAAAACUUUCAAAAAAUUUGGAAUCUUCGUAUGUACCUCGAUAAUGGCGGAUGCGCAUGCACAUGAAGGAAAACAUUAUUGUCAAUAGGGAAACUUGAGGGGCUUCUCUCUCCCUCAUUUUUUGAGCUAUCCUAAUGAAAUUUGCUACAGUGGUAGAACACAUUUACCACUGUUAGCUCACCAAAUCUAAGAAUGUUUGACUUAUCCUCAGAUUUUUGGUGAAUUUUCAAAGUUUUUAUUAAAACAUUUUUAAUAAUAACAAAAAUCUGUUCCUGGUUUGGAAGUGUUAUUUCCUGUUUCAUUGGGUUGUUUCUACUUUGAAAGUCAUUGUUCUACUUCAGAAACUUUGUUUUUGUGGCUGAAACUUUGUUAAAUUUAUGGACAGAGACUCAACAAACCAUAAUGUGCUAAUUUUUAUAGGACCAUGUCCCUUGUGAAAAGACAAAGUUUUGGCAGUGUAAUAAAGUUUUGCCAUACUUUUAUGACAGAACCAAUUAGGAAAUGUCAUUUAUCAAUAAGGAACAGAAAUCAUAGCACACCAUCAAAUCACUCCUGACAGAUAGCCAUCAGCCUCUGAAUAAGGAAAUCUGUUCCUGGUUUGAAAGUGUUAUUUCCUAUUUCAUUGGGUUUUCUGGGGCAGAAAGUGUGUGACUUGCCCAAGAUCACCCAGUAGGUUUCCAUGGCUGAGUGGGGAAUCAAGCCACAAUUGUAGUCCAACUCUCAAACCACUACACUACACCAUGCUUAAGAGCUCCAUAAAAACCAACCAGGAAGGGAAGGGGGUUUUCUCUCCUGGAUAGCAGCGGGUUUAAGAGUCCCAUAGAAACCAACCAGGAAGGGAAGGGGGUUUUCUCUCCUGAAUAGCAGCGGGUUUAAGAGCCGCAUAGAAACCAACCAAGAAAGAAAGGGGGUCUUCUCUCCUGGAUAGCCAGGAGAGAAAACGCUCCAGGCUUGGUUUCUAUGGGGCUCUUAAACCCCAAUGCUAGCCAGGAGAUUGGUUGAAUUAAAACACUUUCUCAUAUAGCCGAAGGUAUUCUGAGGCAUGGGCGCCACAACGCUUCGAAUUGGAAGGGUAAUUUGAAGUGCCAAACUACCUCAGAACCCCGUUCGGAACCCAAAAUAUAUACAAUUUUAUUACGAUUAACAACGAUUCCGAUUAAUUCACCCAUGCCUAAUGGUUACUAAAGAAGGAACAACAUGCACAAAUAAGGGAGAAUAUUAAUGGAUUGCUAAUCCAGCAAUUUAUGUCUAGCUCUGACCCACUAGUCUCCUCAGGGGUGAGCAUAUUGGGAUCAAUAUCAGAUGAUUUUGUGACAAGCAAAUAGAAUUAACUACUUUACUGCAGACUAUUGUUGCAGCUAGACAAAGACUUUUAUUGUUGUAUGCUGCACACACAGUAAGGGAAAUUCUGCCUAGCACAGAAUAUUAACAAUUACCAGUUGUCAUUAUUUUGUCCAUUCAUUUAUUACCUCCUGUUCAAGUGUAUUGUAGUCCAAUGGCUCCCAAACCGGGGUCCCCAGAUGUUUUUGGCUUUCAACUCUCAGAAAUCCUAACGGCUGGUAAAUUGGCUGUGAUUUCUGGGAGUUGUAAGCCAAAAACAUCUGGGGACCCCAGGUUGAGAUCCACUGAUGUAGUGAUUUGAACAUUGGGCUAUGACUCUGCAAGUGAGAAUUUAAUAUCUCGCUCAGCCACAGAAGCCACUGAGUGACCUUGGGUGAGACACACAUUCUCAGUGCCAGAAGAAAAACAUGUUAAGUUUGCCAUAGAAUUGCUGUGAGUAGGAAAUGACUUGAAGUCAGAGAAUAACAAGAUAAGUCUGCUUAUGUCUUUCUUCAAGGAAUGGGCUUUUCUCCUUCACCCUAAACUACAUGAAUAAUUGUUUUCCUUUUAUAUGCCCCCCCUUUUUUCUGGAAGCUUCUAAGCUUGUAGUCAAAGAAACAUAAAAUCCACAGUCAGCUCAUUUUAUGUGGCUUUUCCUUGGGUGAAAAAGGGGUGACUUUGGAUCUCUUGACAAUGCUUUACAAGUUUAUGAAAAGUUGGUUCACAUCCUCUAGAGCAGUGGUUCUCAACCUUUGGAUCCCUUGGUGUUUUGGCCUACAACUCCUAGAAAUCGCAGAGAGUUUACCAGCGGUUGGGAUUUCUGGGAAUUGAAGGCCAAAACAUCUGGGGAACCACAGGUUGAGAACCAUUGCUUUAGAGCCUGGACCUGGAUUGCAAUACCACUACCAAGUCUCCCCACUGCUGCUAUAACUCUAUCUAGCGGUAUCUCGGAGAAUAAGUGGGAAGGCAAAUAUCCUUGAUAUGGUUGAGAAAAUACCACUUGAUUCAAUAAACAUCUGUGCCUUUUCCAUUUCUGUUUUAUACAUAAUUCCUGUUAUUGUUUUUUUCUCAAACAUCAGAAACCAUUAAGAAUAUAAUCUUCAGAACUCCUGAAGUUCCUAGGACUACUUAUUCUUCAAUGUGUCUUCCUAUUAAAAAGUAUAUAAAAUCUGACUUCUUAAAAGGAGUGAAGAAAAAAAGAAUGCUAUAGAGAAAUUGUACAUUUUCAAGAGUCUUUCUGGAGUCUCUCUGUAUGAUACAAACAAUUUUAAAAGAUAAAGAAGGCAACUAUUUUCAUGGGCAAUCAGCAUGCCAGCUUACUUUGUGUGUUUUAACUUAUACACCAAUAGUAAUGAAAAUAUAUAAUACACCUCAGCAUGGAACAGGUCAGAAAAAUAGGCUGUGUCACAGCUCAGAAUAAGGUAUUUGGGUCUUAACUGUGCAGGCAACUUAAUGCUUCUGCACCCUCUUUUUGUGGCCGGUUGAUAAUUAUUUAGAAUUCAUAACUUGUGUAAGCCGCCCUGAGUCCCCUCGGGGAGAAGGGCGGGGUAGAAAUAGCGGAAAUAAAUAAAUAAAUAAACUUUACAGUACAAUCCCCUUAUACAGUGGAGUCUCACUUAUCCAACAUUUGCUUAUCCAACGUUCUGGAUUAUCCAACACAUUUUUGUAGUCAAUGUUUUCAAUACAUCUUGAUAUUUUGGUGCUAAAUUUGUAAAUACAGUAAUAACUAUGUAGCAUUACUGCAUAUUGAACUACUUUUUCUGUCAAAAUUGUUGUAUAACAUGAUGUUUUAGUGCUUAAUUUGUAAAAUCAUAACCUAAUUUGAUGUUUAAUAGGCUUUUCCUUAAUCUCUCCUUAUUAUCCAACAUAUUUGCUUAUCCAACACUCUGCCGGCCCGUUUAUGUUGGAUAAGUGAGACUCUACUGUACAUAGAUUUCCCUUACUCAUGCCUCCCCAUGAGAGAGAGAGAGAGAGAGAGAGAGAGUAGAGUCUUGCUUAUCCAACAUAAACGGGCUGGCAGAACACUGUGCAUAGGAAUUUGUUAAUUUUUUUUCAAAGUAAUCUGCCCCCCCCCCCCCCACAACAGUCUAAGGGACCGUGAACUGUACUCUGCUUUAGGUUUGAGGACUCAUGCUCUUUGGUUUCAGGCAUUCAUGUUGAGGGACGGCCUUGGAGUGUAUCUCAUGCAGAUGCGGGGUCAUAUAAAACUCCAAAGAUAGGAACGCAAAACUGCCAUCUUGAAGAAAGUCAUAUGCAACUCCUACAUUUAGCUUCUGUUUUUGAUACCAGAUGUGGCCAUCCAUAAAAUCCAGUUUUCAUGAGAAAGAGGGAACAAAUGUCUUGCUGCAUGGCCAGUAUUUGUUAUGUAUGAUAUGAUGACAAGCAUAUAAUUGGUUCUUGAUGUAUUUUUCUUGCAUUGGUUGGAAAUUCAAUAUUUUUCAUUGUUACCUACUCAACCAAAUGUCUAAGUUUCGUAAGAUGUUUAAUGGUAUUAGUUCUAUAUUUAAAUUGAGCAUAUUACCUUGCUCUUUUAGUUUUGCAAAGGUCAGGUGAAUGUAAAAAUUAAAGGCUGUACUGAAGGCAUUUGAGAAAAGUGUUCAAACUUCAAAGUCCUGUAAUCACUAUAAUAGGUGAUCUUAUUAGUAUCAAGUAAAUUUCUAAAAAGUGAUAAGGACUGGUGGAGACUGUAUGUAGCAUUGUAAUGAGGUUAAAUAUUUAGGUAUUUUAAAUUGUUAGAUUUGAGAGGGAGAAAAGCUCUAAGGCCAAUGAAAAUGAAUUCAGUACUUGGAAAUAAUAAGGAAAGACCAUGAGGCUAGUUUGGGCAUGGCCUAUGACCCUGGAAACCAAGGUUUAAAUCCUUUGCUUGGCUAUGGAAACUCACUGGGUGACAUUGGGGAGUCAUUUGCUCCCAGCUUCUGAUGAUGGCAACUCUCUUCUGAACAAAUGGAGCCCAGAAAACCUAUCAUAGGUUCAUCUGAGUUAGAAAUAACUUAAAAGACACUACAACAACCAUGAGGUUGAACUUUGGCCAUGUUUUAUUUUAUGGAUCUUUAUUUCAGUGCCUAUCAUUUAGUUUACUUAGACAAAUGUUCUUGGAUGCUGGUUUUUUUUUUAACAAACUUUCCAGCCUUGGCAAGACACAGUCAUUAACACCCCAUGUCCUCCAAAACAUGGAUUGCAGUUUUGAAUUAUAGGGAGAUUAUUUCAUAUGCAGCCCAGAAAAAAGCAAUAUCUCAACAUUCUCUUCUCCCUAACUUACACUGCUUUAAGCAAAACUUCCUAAGUCACACACACCCAUUUGAUCAGAUGUAGAAAAUUAAUUAACCUAUAGCAGAUGUCCAGAUAGGCAGGCUAAGAUUAUUUUGGACCUCAGCAAUAGAUAUGCACAACUCUUAUUCUUGCAGUCACACUAUCAAUUUUCCCAUGUUAGCUCAUUUAUUUUUUAUUUAUUUUUUAUUUAAACUUAUAUGCCGCCACUCCCCUAGGGCUCGGGGUGGCUUACAAGAAAGGCUAAAAUCUAACAAUUUAAAAACAUCUUUAAAAUAUAUAUUUUUAAAAAAUCUCAAAAACACUCCUCCAGGGCUCGGAGUGGCUUACAAAAACAGCUAAAAUCUAAGCAAUUUAAAAACAGCAAUAGCGGAGAUCAAAAGCCUGCUGAAACAGGUGUGUCUUAACUGCCCUGCGGAAGACUGAUAAGUCCUGCAAGGCACGAACUUCAGGCGGCAGAAUGUCUUAAAACUGGGAACUUCCAAAAGAUCUUGCUCCUCCGAACGGAGAGAUCUCUGGGGUUGGUAGGGGGUGAGGCGGUCCCUCAGGUACAUUGGCCCUAGACCAUGUAAGGCCUUAAAGGUAAGCACUAUCACUUUGAAAGUGAUCCGGUGCUCAAUUGGUAACCAGUGCAGCUGUAGUGGGAUUGGUGUUAUAUGACAUCUCAUCGGGACUCCCGCAAGAAGUCGAGCAGCUGCAUUUUGUACCAACUUGAGCUUCCAGAUCACCGACAAAGGAAGGCCAAUGUAGAGGGCAUUACAGUAGUCCAGUCUUGAGAUGACUGUGGCCUGGAUCACUGUAGCUAAGUCAUCCCUUGACAGAUAGGGGGCCAGCCGUCUAGCCUGCCGCAGGUGAAAGAAGGCGGUUCUACUAAUGGUGGAGACCUGGGCUUCCAUCGUCAGCAGAGGGUCCAAAAGGACUCCUAAACUCUUUACCAAUGAUGACGGGCGUAGCGCCUUGCCAUCCAAGGUAGGCAACUGGAUAUCCCCACUGCCCGGUUGACCCAGCCAUAAGAUCUCCGUCUUUGCUGGAUUCACCCUCAACCUGCUGGCACGCAGCCAUCCAGUAAUAGCCUCGAGGCAUUGAUGAAAGUUAUCAGGUAAAGAGUCCUGUCGGCCUUCCAUCUUCAACAUAAGCUGAGUGUCAUCAGCGUACUGGUAGCACUCGAGUCCGAAACCUCGAACCAGCUGAGCAAGUCAUGACUCUGAUAUUAACACGAUGCUCUGAUGUCAGUGAAUCCCCACUUGGUUUUAGUCUGAAUUAUAAAGGAGAUGUCCAAAGGGCUGAAUCCUGUCCCAUAAAUAAUUCAGGAUCUCAGAUAGCUCCUUUAAUGUUUAAACUAAAACCCACAGUAAAUACCCUAGAAUUAGAUCCACUAGCCAUCACCUUGUGCUUCUCAUCCACUCUGUCUUGCUGUUUGGAAUAUUCCCCUCAUGUAAAGGUCCUGAUCUGUGUCGGCAGAGCAAAGAGGAAUGGGUUUCUUCUAUCAAAUGGAUAUCAGCUCAGAUCCCAAGAGAGGUUCAAAUUGUUGAAGUGGGAAUGAUUGUAUAUAGAGUUGUUUAAAUGUAAUUGAGUUAUAGUGAUGCAAUGUGAGCUGGGGAUUGCAUCAUGCACUGUCUGCUGUCCGCUAUGCAAGUGUGCAAGUGUGUAAAGAGUUAACUGAGUGUUGCAUCAUACAGCAGAGGUGUUUAUAUAUAUAGCCUUCUGCUUCCUGUAUUCUCUCUCUGGUUAUCUGCUCUCUGCACUCUGUCUGUAUGUAUAUUGUCUUGUGAGAGUUUUCCGUUCACCAUUAAACCUGUUUACAGAUAGUUGAAGUCUCCAGCCUCGUUACUGGUACCAGUGCUUCUACGUGAGUCUUCUGCUGCGUGUGUGCUUAUCCAAACCGCGCUCUGACAGUGGUUAUGGGCCCAGUCUGCCCAGUUUGCCCAGUUUGCCCAGAGUUCAGAAGUCCAGCGGAACCCAGAGGAACCCAGAAGGACCAGUGACUCCAGCUGAACCAGCACCAGAGCCUGCUACUCCAGAACCUGUGACUGUGCCAGAACCAGACCAGUUUCCAGUGUACCCAGUAUACUGUCCAGUCUGUGUGGAGCCAGAAGUCCGGGAGCUGAGUGGUGAGCUGAGCCGUGUGCUGUGUGAAGGAAGCCAUUCUGGUGAGCCGUGCUUAAGCUGCUUGAGGGGGAGAGUUUUGUCUUCGGAGGAAGCAAACUUUGUCCGUAGCAGCAGAAAAACCGUGGUUUGCAGCGGAGCGUGCUGAGCUUCAGAGAAAUUUACGAAGCGAACGUGCAAAGGAAAAGCCAUAAAAAGCCAUAAAUUCCUGUGAAGGUGAGGACUGCCGGGCUGUGCUGAGCGUGUGUGUCGUCAGCUGCUAAAGGCUUUAUCUCGGGGAAUCGAGGGUCCUCCAGGAAGGCAGAAUGGCAAGUUCAAAUCCUUUGACUGUUUUUGGUAAAUUAAAUGACAGAAAUUAUAAGGAGUGGAGUAUUUAUGUGAAGCAUCUGUUAGUCAGAGAAGGACUACAAAACACUAUAUUAGGAACGGAACAAGACGCAGUGAAAAAUGGGAGAGGACUGGCAACAUUGGUUUUGAGUUUAAUGCCAAGUCAGUUGGUUCAUGUGCAGAAUUUGCAAACUGCACAGGAGGUAUGGAAUGUGUUGAAGCAAGAGCAUCAGAGACAGAGUACUCUUGGAAAAAUGAUUUGGACUAAACGCCUUUAUAGAACUACAUUGGAAGGAGCAGAUGUGAGGCAACAUGUGAAGAGGAUGAAAGAUUUGUUUAUUGAAUGCCAAAACAGAGGUGUUCAGAUUGCUAAAGAGCAACAGGCUUAUAUUAUGAUGUCCAGCUUAACUGCUGAUUGGGAUCAUCUGUUGCAUUCCUUGCAAAAUGUGCCAGAAGGAGAUCUGAGUCUGGAUUUAGUGUGUUCCAGGAUUUUGGAAGAAGCUGAACGUCUGGAGUUUGAGAGAGGAGCCUCGUGUGGGAGAAGUUACCAGAGCGAGGGGGAGUCAACUCCAGAGAUGCCAAGCCAGACAGCUGCUUGUGCGAGUGUGAGAGCUGUAAGGAGAUGUUUUAUUUGCAACAGGCCAGACCAUUUAGCAAGAAAUUGCCAGAGCUGAGGAAGACAUCAAGAGGACACCAAUCCAGAGGUGGACACAAGAGGAGUGGACUGAACAAUAAUCCUGAGCCGAGAGAUUUGAUGGCUGCAAAUGAAGAUGGAAACAGCGAAAGAAGUAACAAAUGGGUUUUGGACUCAGGUGCCACUCACCAUAUAACAAAUGAUAUUUCUCUGUUGAGAGAUGUACAAGAUUUGGAAACAACAAAUGUAACAUUGGCUGAUGGGUCAUUUAAAUGGUUUUCUAAAUUUGGAACCUGUUAUAUUCCAUGUUUGAAAUUGCAUUGGGAGAAAGUUUUGUAUGUGCCAGAAAUGAAGACAAAUUUGUUAAGUGUAGCCACAUUGACUGAUCAACAGUUUAAAGUGUUCUUUAAAGGAAUUUAUUAUGUUCGUGAUAGGGAAGGAAAAUUGAUUGGCAAAGGAGUAAAAAGAAACAGAAUGUAUUAAAUGUUUGAAAAAGUGAACAACAUUGAUGGAGAAAAUGUAGAAGUUAUGUGCGUAGGAGGUCAAAUUCAACAUGAUCGUUCUCUGCAUUUAUUCCACCGAGUGAUGGGUCAUGCUAGUAUGGAGACAUUAAAGAAGACACUCAAUUUGUGCCCUAAUCAUAAAAUGGAGUCAUGUAACUAUGAUUUAGAUUGUGCCAUAUGUAAUGAAGUGAAGGAAGAUCCUGUAAAAUUUUACGAGAGAUCUAAAAUAAGUGUUGAUGGCAUGUUUGAAAAGGCACAUGUACAUAUUGAGGGACCUUUUGACAAAAGUACUGGUGGAUCUAAAUAUAUGAUGCUUGUUGUAGAAAGAAUGAGCAGAUUUGGUUAUGCAUAUUUCUUUGCAAACUUAUCAGAAGCAACUAAAAAAUUGAAUGAUUGGCUAAAUUUGGUAGAAAAUGUGUAUGAAAAGAAAUUGGACACUUUAAUAAUUGACAAAGGUGCAGGAGUCUGUGGCAGUGAAUUUAAAGCAUUGUUAAGGUCAAAGAAUAUUAAUUGGAUUGAAAUUGAACAAAUGAAAGGUGAAGAAGGUGUUGCUGAAAAAAGAGCACAACUUUUAAAUGUGAUGAAAUUGUGUAUGUUUAAAGACAGCCAUAUAGCUAACAAUUAUUGGCCAGAAGUGUUACACACGUGUAAUUAUUUGACAAACAGGCUAUGGGAUGAGUGUGUGCAAGACAUUCCUUUUCGUAAAAUGUAUGGUCAUGUACCAAAUUACAAGUUUUUGAGAAUAUUUGGCCAGAGAGCAAAUAUAGUCAUCCCAGCCAGUGAGAGAGCAAAUAAGAAAGAAAAAUACAAAGAGAUGACGUUUAUUGGGUACAGUAAAAAAUCUUCUUGAUCAUUCUAAGUUUUGGCAUAUAUAUACACGUUUUGGACUAUCUGUGGGAUAUACACAUUUUUACACUUUGGAAUCUUCGCUUUGACUGAUGACUUCAGUCAGGUCCAGGAAAAAAACUGCACAUAGAAAAAUGUGCAAACUCCAAAUAUAUGUAAACACUGCAAGAAUCUAAUUCAAUCAAUAUGUGAAGGGAGGCAGGGAAAUUAAAAAUGUGCACAUAAUGAUCACAUUGAAAGAAUCACCAAAAAUGGUAUCCACACUGCUAAGAAGGAAGAAGGCAUGCUUGAAUGUAGGAAAGGGGGCAUAUUAUAAAUCAGCUGAUCUUAAGUACUAGAUUUCAAUGGAGGACAUUUCUGAUUUCUUAUUUAGACAGCCACAGAUGUGGCAUCAUCAUUCUGAAUUUUGUUAAGAUUAAAAUCCUAGCAAUAAUUGGAGGAGAGUUCUGCGAUUUAUCAAUAGAACCAGUUACAAAUCUUAACUUGGCCAUAAUAUGCUUUGGAGGUUUGCCUCUCUGCAAAUCAUAAUAUGCUUUGCCUCUCAGUCUAGCCUAGGUCACAUGGCUAAUAUGUGGAAAUAUUAUGCACAUGUAUAUACACAUACACACAUAUGUCAAGAAGGUUGAUUGUUGAAAAUUAUGGCACCGUUAAAUCUUUGCAGCCAUUGUGGAUUAUAAAUAUACAUACAUCCCAGGAGAAAACCUGAGAUUGUUUGGUCUAACUGUCUCUCUAAGUACCUGGGGGAAAAAUGACUCUGGCCUUUUGCAGGUAAAGCAAUUUCUUUCUAUCUCAAAUAAUCAGUGUUUGUGUCUUGAGUCAAUUUCCAUCCACUUUAGUAGGUGACGCAAGUCAUAACAAUGACCACAGUUACUCUGUCUGGUAAUAUGCAGUGAAGUGCUGUUUUAUUUUGUCACUUGGAAAAUGGCAAAUUGUUUGAAAUUUGCACAAACAUGGCUAAUGCCCUCAGUGUGAUGGGCAAGAGAUUGCAUUCUGCAUUCUGAGCUAUUUAAAUGCCAUUCCACACACUGUGUGAAACAUCUUAUUAGGUUUACCAUUAACCACCUGACAUAAGUCAUCUUACAAGUCAACAGAGUUGCUAGUUAAUGUUAACAAAUGUGACAGUCACACACCAUUGCCCCUUCUUGCCUUUCAUCUUUUAUUAUGUCAAUGUUAUGUAAGCACGGUCUUCAGGAGGACAAAUCGAUAGUACUGUAGCAAGUAUUUAUCAUAAUCCAACAAGCACAUUGACUUGCAUGCUUUUCCCUCUCCGUAGUAUCCGGGAACACACAGACACACUGAUUUCCUCUAUAGUGGAUUUCUCUGGAAGGAUUUCUCUGAAAGUACUGUUGAGUUGGAAGCCCUUUUCAGAUGCAUACUUUCUCAGUUUUUCCCAAAACUGCCCACUUUGUGGGGCUGAUAUAAAGAACAACAGUUUGCAGAUUGAAUCAGACUAAAGAGAUUUUCAGACUGAAUUGAACCAUCUAGUCCAGUGCUUUUAGCUAGUGAACCAGUAGUGGCAGCCCUAAUAUUUUGUCAGACUUGUCUGUCAUCUUGAUACCUAAAGAACUCCAAGGAUGCUCUGUAGCACAGCACUCCAGUAUUUCAGUUAGUGGAGAUGCAGCCUGGAACUCACUGUAUGUAAACCAAAUAUUCUACCAUUAAUCUGCUGCCCAUAUCUUGAACAAAGCAGUGUAGAUGUCCUUGUCAAUUGAAACCAUGUGAAUUUGUGUUUUCAUAUCAUAAGGUUUGCAUAUAAUAAAGUUUGCAUAUGGAUGUUUCUAGAUUUUCCAUCUUCAAACUUGUCUGCAAGGCAAGACAGCAUUAGACAAAGAACAGCAGGUGAAGUUACCUAUCUCAAGGCAGUGGAGGUCUAAGACUGCAGAUUCCAAUUGUCUGAAUAGUUGAGAAGUUGUAAGAUGAAAAAUGUCAUAUGGCACGUAUUUAGGAAGGCAUUUGAAUGUAAAAGCUACAAACAUAUAAAUUUAUUUUCAUUUUCUGUAUGUGCAUAUGUACCUUCAAGUUGCCUGUUGACUUCAGAAUGACCUUAACAAAUUAGAGAGCUGGGCCAAACCUAACAAAAUUAAUUUAACAAGGACAAAUCGAUACUACACUUAGGCAGAAAAAAUGAAAUGCAAAGAUACAGAAUGGGUGAUAUCAGUACAGUGUUUGCUCACUUAUUUUGGGGGUUACGUUCCAGGACCACUCGCAAUAAGUGAAAAUCUGUGAAGUAGGGGCCCUAUACUUAUUUUAAUAUUUGCACAUUAUAUUAGUAGUUAGAUGGCCUUUCUCCCCUUUAAAAGCCUUCUUCCUGUGCUGCUUCUUGGCACCCUCCACUCUGGUGCCUGCCAGUUUCCCUUUUGCACAUGCACCUCCCUCUCGUCAGCAUCCAGAGUGGUCUGGCUGAAUGCCAACGAGAGGGAGGAUGCAUGCGCAAAUGGGGAAACUGGCAGGCACAGCUGUUCAGAAAAAACCACGAAGCAGUGAGGGAUCAAAAAGCGAACCACAAAGUAGAGAGGGAACACUGUACAUGUGAAAAAGAUCUUAGGAAUUUUCAUGGACAACAAGCUGAACAUGAGCCAACAAUGUGAUGUAGCAGUUACAAAACUUAAUGGGAUUUUGGGCUGCAUCAAAAGGAGGCUGGAUGGCCAUCUGUUGGAGGUACUUUGUGUUUUUUCUGCAUGGCAGGGGGUUGGACUAGAUGGCCCAUGUAUUCUAUGAUUCUAUAAACUUAUGGUGAACCCAUGAAUUUCAAAGUUUUUUUUCCUAAGCAAGGGAUAUUCUAAGUUGUUUUUGUCACUUCCUUCUUUGGCCUGUAGCCUACAUUACCUAGAAUUUGUUCCUUAAAAGAUGUGGUUUUUACUAAUUUAUGAAGAUUUCAAGAUUUUGUUCAAAUAAGUGAAUUACAUAUUUGGAGCAGAACCUGAGAAUUUAAAAAAUGCAGUUAAAAUUUUCCUUGCCAUUGUCCUGGUCCUUCUGAAAUUCGUACCCGAUAAAAUGGUGCUAUUGACAAUGACACUUGGGUAGCAUAGUACUAGAUUUGCAAGCCAAUGUAAUAAUAAUAAAAAAAGAUACCAGGAAGAAUUUCCAGCUGGAUUUCCUUAGCAGAGUAAUAUGAUUGCAGAGGACAUGUGUUAACAUUCUAAAGAUUAUAAAUCCUUUUUACCAAAGCUGGAACGGGGGGAAAUGUAGUUUCUCCUUGUAGAGCAACACCACUUUCAGCGAGCUGGAGCAUUUCUGCAUGCAUUAUAUAACCUUUCAUGACACAGAAAGAACACUGUCUCCAUUCACAAAGCUUCCAUUAACUUCAGGAGGUCAGCACAUGGCUAAUGUCACUCCCCUUUGGUCUUAGAUUACCUUUUAAAAACUAAUAAAGCCUAAUUAAAAUUCAGCUAAUGUAAAUCUGUAUUUGGUAUUCCAGCACAAUUGGGUUAAUGUGAGCAAGUGCAGAGGGGAGCAAAGAGCAUUGUUCAGGAGCUGCUCAGAUUAGCUGAAAUACUAUUUCACUAAAAGCCUUUUUUAAUGCAGCAGGAUUUGACAAAAGCAAAUAAUUAGGUUUUCUUCAUUUUUAAAUUGAACUUUUCUUUCUAAUGGCUGCUCAGAGCUUGGGAGAGACAUUGGCAGUGCAGUUUUAUGAAUCCACUGCAGACGGAGAGUUUGGGUUUUACAUGCUCCAAAGAAGACGAUGUACAAAAGCCCAUCUGCCAGAGUAGCCACUGUAUUUCUAAAAGAUGUCCCGCUCAUUGAACAACUGAGCAAAAAUUCAACCUGUUUUCAAGGAACUUUCUCCAUCAAGAUUUAUGGAAAACACCCCCUCCAGAAUAUGAUAUAGGUUUGAACAGUGGGAUGAGAUAUUUAUUUAAUUAAUUAAUCCAUUUCUAUCCCAAUCUAUAACUGCACAUCAAGUAAAAAACUGAGAAAAAAACAUUGUUUCUGCCUUAGACUUCACAUUGCAUGUUCACUUAUGGUGACCCCAUAAAUUUCGUAGAGCUUUCAUAGUGAGCCAAGAUGGUGGUUUGUCGCUGGAAAAUUGCAAAUUGUUGUUGAAAAGAAUUAUUCGUUCAUAGAGGAUUUCAUUGUAAGGAGGAAAAACAGAUAUGGUUUGGGGAGUUCAUGUGUUUUCCCCCCCUGUGUUCAGAAAUUUCUUUUCUGUACAGAAUGUAUUUUCUGAGCAAAAGAAAAUCAUGGCAAAUUUUGUGUCUCCAGCUAUGGCAUUUACAUUGGGAAAAAGAAAUCUUAUUUUCUGUGCAGAAAAAUACUGCUAACUGCCCAGAAAAUACAAAAGAAACCAUGUGAACAUUUUGUGUAGAAUAUCUCCUGAAGAGUGAUUUGAUUAGUCUUUAAAAGCUGUGCAGUUUCUUAUCUUUAUUUAUUUAUUUACAACAUUUAUAUCCCGUCCUUCUCACCCUGAAGGGGACUCAGGGCAGCUUACAUAGGUGGCGUUAUUUAAUGCCCAAACAAUAACAACAAUUAAAAGCAAUUAAGCAACAAUUUAGAACAAUUUUAAAACAACAUAUGAAAACAUUAAAAACAUAGAUCCAAAGCCAGAUAAUCAGAUAAUCAUAUUCAUCCAUCCAAAGCCAAUUCCAACUAUAUUGCACAGGUAAUUAUGCUGGGCCAAAUGCCUGCUCCCAAAGCCAAUUGUUCACUUGUUUGCAAAAUGACAGGAGGAAAGUGGCCAAUCUAAUCCCACUAGGGAGGGAGUUCCACAGCUGAGGGGCAACCACUGAGAAGGCUCUGUUUCUCAUCCCCACUAGUCGUGCCUGUGAAGGUGGUGGGACCGAGAGCAGGGCAUCUCCAUAUAGUGAGUAAUGCAUUGCUUAUGUUUGUCACUGAUUUCAUUAUUCAUAGACAAAAUUGGGAAUUUCAUCCUUACAAUGGGUGCAGAGGUUUGCAUGACUUGUCCAGUCUCUGUUCCUGGAAACAACAAAGGGCAAUGUCAUGGAAAGUCUACAUUAGAAUAAAGUAAUCUAUUAAUAGAACAUCUGGAAUCCCCAGAGUGUUCUAGAAAUGGAUUUCUUUCUGAAAUUGGUUGUUUUCAGUACUGUCAGAGAGUAGGAUCUUCUGGGGAGGCCCUGCUUUCAGUCCCACCUCCUUCGCAAGCACCGUUGGUGGGGAUAAGUGACAGGGCCUUCUCAAUGGUGGCCCCUUGGCUGUGGAACUCCCUCUCCAGUGAUAUUUGAUCAGAUUCUUCCUUUCCAGCCUUCAGAAAGAAAGUAAAAACCUGGCUAUGGCUGGUGAGUGCCUUCGAAUAGUGAGUGUAGUACAAUGAACGAAUGUAGAAUUGUGCAAUGACAACUGGAAUGGCUCUGGAUUACGAUGUUGGACUCCAUGGUGUCAAUAUUUGAUGUAAUGCUUAGAUGUUUAAUUGGGGAGGGGCAGUGGUGCUACUAAAUAGAAUUGACUAUGUUAAGGAAGUAGAGAGGCAUCUUUCUAAUACUCUGUUCUAUAAAUGUAUUCCUCAAGAUCCCAUUAAUAAAAUUAAAUCCCUCAUUCGCAUAGUUUGUACUGAAGGUCUCUCAUUGGGAUAUAUCUCAUUGCAGACAUAUGAGUUCCUUCAGAAUCAAUUCCCAAGAACACCAGUAUUUUAUGUUCUGCCUAAAAUCCACAAGGGAACCAUUCCUCCUCCAGGGAGACCUAUUGUUUCAGGUACUGCAUCUAUUUUGGAACCUAUAGCUCAAUUUAUUGACCAUUUCUUACAACCCUUUGUACCAUUAAAUACAUCAUUCAUCAAAGAUACUAAACACUUUAUCAAUAUAGUAGAAGCUCUUACUAUACCUGAGCGAGCCAUACUUAUGACCUUAGAUAUUGAAGCUCUUUAUACCAAUAUUCCAUUAGAUGAAGCUAGGUCAGUGGUUAAAGACAUACUUGAUACAUGCAAAUCCUUGGUUCCUCCUACCCACUUCCUAAUGGACCUCCUAGACAUUGUGUUAGAAUAUAACUAUUUUAGUUUUGAUAAACAAUUUUAUUUGCAAACUUUUGGGAUAGCCAUGGGCAGUCCUCUUGCGCCCUCUAUUGCCAAUUUAUUUGUUUCACAUUUAGAAAGUAAAUUUAUUUUCAAUACUACUAACAAUCCAUUUUUUUCGGAUAUUUUUUAUUUCGGAAGAUUUUUGGAUGAUAUAUUUAUUGUUAUGAGUUCACAUGCCGUAGCAGACCAAUUCUAUAGGUGGAUUAAUACACUUCAUAAACAUAUGACAUUUACAAAACACUAUAGCCAUACCCAUAUUAACUUCUUGGAGGUCAUGGUCUUUAAAAAUGGUCAAAAACUAUUAGUAAAAAAUUAUAGUAAACCAACAGUAAGAAUUUUAUCCUACAUUUUUCCAGUUUUCAUCAUCAUUUUCUUAAAUCCAAUUUACCAUUCUCACAGUUUCUAAGAUUAAAACGGAAUUCUAGCACUCAAGAGGACUUCGAAUCUACGGCAGGAAUCCUGAAAAAACAACUCAGAGAAAGAGGAUACCCUAAUAGGAUACUCAACACAGCCAUGAGUAAAGCCAACUCCAUCAAUAGAAGUGAGCUACUACAGGAACAACCAAAGAAAUGUAAUAACCGUAUAAUUUGGCCUCUGACCUUGACACAAUAUUCAUCUAAAAUUUCUAGGAUUAUUUCAAAACACUGGCAUUUAUUAGAAGACAUUCCUGGUUGCCAAAACAAACCUAUAAUUGCACAUAAAAGAUCUAGAAAUUUAAGAGAUCUUAUGAUCCAUUCAGAAUACAACUCUCCUACUACAUUCCAUAAACCUACCACUAAGGGUCACACUAGCUGUGGCCACUGCAACUGUUGUCAACAAUCACUUAAGGGCAAAAUAUACUCUCAUCCAACACUUAAAAUUAAUAUCACAUUGCAACAUUUGACAACAUGUUCUACUGAUAAUGUAGUGUACGUACUACAAUGCCCAUGUAAACUACUUUAUAUCGGAAUAACUACCAGACCCCUUAAAACUAGGAUAAGCGAACAUCGUUCACGCAUAAGAAAUGGGUCCACUGACUCUUCACUGUAUGUACACUUUAACGAAAAAGCCCAUCUGUACUAUAGCUUUAAAUUUUGCGCUUUGGAAAAAGUAUUGCCCAUACCAAAUACAGAUGUAAAAAAACUUCUUCUACAAAGAGAAUCCUUUUGGAUUUUUAAACUACAAACACUAUUUCCUCAGGGGCUAAAUGAUAGAAUCGAAUACACCUGUUUUCUGUAAUAUGUUCUUUACUUAAGAGGCAUCCUGGAAAUCUUUCAUUUGCUCGUUAUAGAGCUCCACUUCAAACAGAGCCGGUAUCAUUGAUAAGAAUGUGAGUAGAGAGGUGUGUUUUUAUUAUAUUGUUUAUCAUAACCUUUCCUUAGUAACGUUAAUAUGGGAGUUUCAUAUAUCUAUUGUGUAUGUUAUUUUUACUCCUUUAUUUAGCAUACUGAGUACAAUUUGAUUAAAACACAACACCCGAGGAAGUGAAAACGAAACAAGGGGAACAUUGUUGUGUGUAUAUCAUUUCCUGGCAUUGCUAUCUACACGAAGAAUUCCUUUGAACGUGUAUCAUUUCUUGGCAUUGCAAACCAAAAGAAGAAUUCCUUUGAACAUAAAAACUAUUAUUUUGGAGACUGAAAAACUUUACUUCAAGUGAUAAGGACCAAAGACUCCACGCAACUCCAGGAAACAUAUUGACUGGUUGUCUCUUUAUGUCCUUCAAUAAUAUAUGGUGUUAAGAUUAUAACAUGAAAUUGUACCAUUGUGGAUGAUAUUUUGAAAGCUAUUAUUUUGAUGAGAAAUAUUCUAAUAUAGAGCUGUUAGAAUAUUGAGUUGUAUUAUAAUUUGUGGGAAUUUGUAAGUGUAUAUACACAUACACUUUGCUCUACAUUAUUAUAGAUAUUGUGCAUCAUUCGCAUAGGAACUUCUUUCCACAGGAAGGCUUUAUCUUUUGUUGCAGCUAUUUGCAGCAUUCACAGCUCUCUCCAGAAUCUUCCAAUUCACCAUACAUCAUCACAUCACCCAACUCCAACUUAUUCUGUGGGAGUUCUUAUAUACACUUGCAUUAUACAAUAUUCCAUUUAUGCAUUCAUUAUCUUAUACACCUGAUGCAAAUCUAACUUCAGGAUUUUAUUAUCCUCAUGCAUAAUCACUGUAACUGUGACGCAGCACUUACAAUACUUAAAGUAACCCAGCAUUUUUAAAACUCCAACAUUUGCUAUGGCAUGACAGGAGGUUUUCUAAUGCAAUAUGGGAUGCAUACCAUUAACAAUACACUGAAUUGAUUAAAAAUGAUUUCUUCUGAAUAGACAUAUACAGAAUCGCGGCAUUCAAAGCUUCACAUCCAGUACUAACAACUAAUAGUUCAGCUCAGAAUAAGACUAAAUGAGUCACUUCUGUACAGCAAUAUUGUGAAUAAUAAAUCAAAAAUUUAAUUAACAGUAGUUUUUUAAAACUUAGGCGGUGUUUAACUCAGCUUCAAUUAUUUAUCUUUGUAGCUAAUGUGGGGGAGGGGAGUUUAAUACAUUUUAUUUAUACUCCUUCCUUAAAUCCUUGUUAGAAGAUAAUGAAUUCUCAUUUUUCUCAAAGUGGUAUUGUCAACACAAUGACCUCAAUUCUGUUGAGCUCACAAUGCUUUUGUUACACAUAUUAUGAAAAGGGGUGAAAUUCAUUAAUUAGUGCCUUCUAAAUUUCAUAGUUAUCUGCACUUUCACUUAUAUUAUUGUAGUUGAAUUUACAUCCAUCUGGGCCUGUGAGAAACAUGCUAGAUUGCCUAGAAAUCCACAGAAUAUUCAUAAAAAUUUUGUAGCUGAGUGAACUCGAUAGCACUGAGAGCCCCAUAGAAAAAGAGUACAUCAAUCCAAAUCCCCAAGAAUGAUUGUAUUGUUUAUGGAUGUAGAUGUUUCUAGCUCCAUUAAAUAAGCAUGUUUCUAUUAACUAGAGGAGGAACAAAGUUUCAUUCUAGAAGGUAAUAUAGGAGAAGGAUUUAAAAUUGCUUGCAGUCCAGCUACUAUAUGGCAGACAAACUGAGCUCAGUAUACUAAAGGCAUUGCAUACACAGAAAGGAGAUGUUUUUUAAAAAAAUCAUCUCCAAAGAAAAAAUAAAUAAUAAAAAUUGUAGUACAUAUUUUAGCAAUUUCCUUCUCAUUGUAAGAAAGUUUUCAAAAACUUCAGUUUUCAAAGAUUAUUUACAGUGUGAGGUGUAUUCAGCAGAGAAAAAUCAUGUAUGCUUCUUUAUACAGAAAGUAAAAUUUUAAGGACAGAAAAAUGUAUUUUUCUGCCCAGAACAAUUCACAUGAAAUAUUGUUUUCUGCAAAGAUUCUUUUUCAGUGCAAAACAGCAAUGUGCAAAUUUUGUUUAUAAGAUGUCUCUGACUUCUCACCAGGGUUUCUAGACACUCAAUGGGGUAUUUCUUUGAUAAUUUUAAACAUUUUUGAAUUGUUGCCAUGCCUAAUGUGUAAGACAUAAUGCAUUCAGACAGUUGAUAAAGGAAGCAAAUUCUAUUUUGCCCAGAAAGGGAGACAAGGGAGACAAAGCACACACCACCAAAUGCAAAUUUGGAAAUCAUUAUUAACUUAUCGCUAAGAAACCUAACUCUAUGUCAGGAGUCAAAAAUAUAACUAGUUGCUUGCAAAUUGUUAAGCUAUUGUGAAAGGAAAACAGAUAGAAACUGAUUCUGCAAAAUGUGAGAAAAUAAAGGGCCUCAAGGCUAGAAGAGGAUUGAACUUUAUGUUUCAGAAGUCUUUUUCAUGGUUAUAUGUUGCCUAUCUGGAUUCAUUAUCAAGAACAAUGCUUCACCAACACACAUGAUCAUCAUCAGUAACUAUAUUUAUUUAUUUAUUUAUUUACUUCAUUUCUACCUGGUCCUUUUCACCCAAAGGGACUCAAGGCAGCUGUGGUUUAUAUCCCAAACAUUCCUAUUCCCCGCCUCUACCCCCCUAAAUCAAACAAUAAAUAAGAAACCAGAACCUGCAGAAAUAAUAGAGUCCAUCAAAAGUAUAGUAAAAACAGAAGGGGAGAAAAAUGUCAAUAUUAAUCUCAAUACAAGACAAAAUCAAAGUAUAUGACACAUUUUCCCUCAUGUAGCAUCUUUGUUGCUUGGAAUAUUUUUGAGGCAUUCAGUCUGUGUAAAUGUGUCAGGAAAAAUAAAAUACAAAUAUAAGAAGAGUGACACCUGACUUGAAAGCGGAACAAAUUGAAAUAUUUGGUGAUCUUAGGAGACCACAAAUUAAACGUGAGUCAAUAGUUUGAUGCAACAGCCUCCCCCCCCCCC